AUGGCAUCGGCUGGUCUCCCUCGAGGACUUUGGGGCUCUUUGCGGUCUCAAUUCACUCCUGUCGCCUGUCGAUCAUCCAUUGCAUCACCUCCAACCCUUCGCGCCUUUUCUAGUAGCUCUGCUCGAUCGAUACGGACCAAUGUGUCUCGACCACAGCAAUUCCGACUACCAUAUUUCACUCCCACUUCUCGAUCGACAUUCUUUUACCCUUCUCAUCAUUUUACCUUUCCCCGAUUCAACACUACGGCAAUAACGUCGCCACCUCAGAUCCCUCGAUCGCUUCCUAUAUGGCUGUAUGGAUGUUCAGCAUUGGUAUUUGGUAUUGUGGUAAUAGGAGGAGUCACACGUCUUACGGAAUCAGGUCUUAGUAUCGUGGAAUGGCAACCUUUCACCGGUAUAAUACCGCCUAUCACCAACGCGGAAUGGGAAGCAGAGUGGGAAAAGUAUCGAGUUUCACCGGAAGGUGUCAUGAUGAAUUCUCAAAUGGAUCUACACGAAUUCAAGAAGAUUUUCUAUAUGGAGUGGGGACAUCGGGUCGCUGGUCGUGCCCUUGGUUUACUAUUUAUCAUCCCCACUGCAUAUUACUUGGCUCGAUACAAACUUCCUCGACCCAUCCCUGCUAAACUCAUGCUGAUCGGAUUGGGUAUUGGAUUUCAAGGCUUUUUAGGAUGGUGGAUGGUUAAAUCAGGAUUGGAUCAAGAGAUAGUAGAAACCAACGCUGUCCCUCGGGUAUCGCAAUAUCGAUUGGCAGCUCACUUAUCAGCUGCUUUACUCUUAUAUCUGGGAAUGUUAUCAACAGCUAUCGGUAUUCAGCGUGAUGCCAGAUUACUGAAAGAUCCAAGUUUAAUCCCUCAACUUUCCCUUUCGUCAGUCAAGAAAUUCAGAGGUUUGGUUCACACAGCUGGAAUGAUGGUUUUCUUAACUGCUGUCACGGGUGCAUUCGUUGCUGGUCUAGAUGCAGGUUUGGUUUAUAACGAAUUUCCUUUGAUGGGGGGAAGACUAGUUCCUCCUACAGAUGAGCUUUUCGACCCUCGUUAUGCCAAAUCUGGAUCCGAUUCUAUCUGGAGAAACAUGUUGGAAAAUCCAGUCACUGCUCAAUUCGAUCAUCGUGUUCUGGCUACAACCACAUUCGGUCUCAUCUUGACACUCCCUUUCAUCGCCAGAAAACUCCCAUUAAAGACCACACGUCGACUCGCCACACUCACUGCUGCUGCUGCGGUAACCCAAGUGACGUUGGGAAUAUCGACUCUUCUGUACCUCGUACCUAUCCCUCUUGCUGCCAUGCACCAAGCAGGUAGUGUAGUCCUUCUCACUUGCAUCAUGGCUCUCGGCGGUUCAUUAAGAAGGCCGAGUCGCAUGCUUAGACAUCUUCGUAGAUAG